GCAGCUGGCCAACCCCCGCCCCAAUGCGGACGGCUGGAAAGGCGCCUGCAUGGCGCUGCGAAAGCGCUUCGGCGGGGAGGUCCGCGCAGGGCGACCAGACCGCGUCUCCUGGGGGUCCAGACUAAUCAGGGGGCCGCGCGCCUCCCUCCCCGCUGCUCAGCGGAGCCGUGGCAGCCUGAGCCGAGCAGCCGAGUCGGGCCGAGACACAAGGAAAGGCUGCGCGCCGAGGCGAGGGGGCGAAGGAGUUAAGUGGGUGGAGCUGCUGGAGAGAGCGCCCCAGAGGCUGGCGAGAAAGAGGCCGGCCCCGGCUGGUCGCGAGCUGCUGCUUGGAGUCUGCCGCCAGCCGAGACAACGCGCGCAGGGCUUCCGCUGCUGGCCGAUGCGGGAUCAGCCACGCGCAAGGGCGACGAGAGGCACCCUUUAGGCGCGUUGGCAACACCUGCCGCCGCAGCAUCAUGGAGGAGCUCCUGGCUGCCCUGCUCAAGGUGCUGAGCGUAUGGUUCUCCCUGGCGUUCCUGCUGAUCGUGCUGCCUUCCAUCUUCGGCGUGUCCUUGGGGAUCUCGGGGCUGUACAUCAAGGUGCUGGUGAAGACCUUGGAGUGGGCCACGCUGCGGAUUGAGAAAGGAAUCAAUCGGCAACAGAAAGAGGCAGUGAAAAAUCCUGUUUCAAAUGUUAUCAUACAGAGAGAUCAAACCACAAUGGAGAAGGCGAUUCCGGGCUUGCGCUGUGGGGACUUUGAGCUCUCGGAUGUCUUCUAUUUCUGCAAGAAGGGAUUUGAAGCGAUCGUAGAGGACGAAGUCACCCAAAGGUUUACCUCAGAGGAACUGGUCUCCUGGAACCUUCUCACCAGAACCAAUGUCAACUUCCACUACAUCAGUUUACGGCUGACUGUAGUGUGGGUUAUUGGAGUCCUUGUGCGAUAUUGUUUCUUGCUGCCUCUUCGUGUUAUCUUGGCGACCAUUGGGAUAGUUUCCAUGAUUGUGGGCAGCACGCUGGUGGGACAGCUGCCAAAUGGGGAAACAAAAGACUGGCUGAGUGAUCUAGUCCACCUCACCUGUUCCAGGAUUCUGGUCAGAGCUCUCUCGGGCACCAUUUAUUACCAUAACAAGGAGAACAGACCCCAGAAAGGAGGCAUUUGUGUUGCCAACCACACAUCUCCGAUUGAUGUUAUAAUCUUGACGAAUGACGGAUGUUAUGCAAUGGUUGGCCAGGCUCAUGGAGGGCUAAUGGGUGUUAUUCAAAGAGCUACCGUCAAGGCCUGCCCGCAUGUCUGGUUUGAACGCUCCGAAAUGAAAGAUCGCCACCUAGUGACAAAAAGACUGAGGGAACAUGUUGCGGAUAAGAACAAGCUGCCCAUCUUAAUUUUUCCAGAAGGCACUUGCAUCAACAACACCUCAGUCAUGAUGUUUAAAAAGGGAAGCUUUGAAAUAGGCGGGACUAUCCAUCCUGUGGCUAUCAAGUAUGACCCCCAGUUUGGCGACGCCUUCUGGAACAGCAGCAAGUAUGGAAUAGUGAGCUACCUCCUGCGGAUAAUGACCAGUUGGGCCAUCGUAUGCCAUGUCUGGUACCUGCCACCAGUGAUGAGAGAGGAAGGAGAAGGCGCUGUUCACUUCGCCAACAGAGUGAAGUCGGCUAUUGCCCGCCAAGGAGGGCUUACUGAACUGCCAUGGGAUGGGGGUUUGAAACGAGCCAAAGUGAAGGAUACUUUCAAGGAGGAGGAGCAGAAAAACUACAGCAAGAUGAUCAUAGGGAACGGAGAAUCAUCAAAUGCAUCAACGGAGUUGAACUGAUCUCUUCCAGCUGAUAUUUCUUAUGCCUCGUCACUAUAGAAAAGCGUGGGUUUCCUUUUUCUCCGUUAGAAAAACAUUAAAGCACUAAAUGUGGGCAGUGAAGGACAUUACUUUGUUUUCUUAAGCUGCGGCUUGUAGAUGCGCUGCCAUCCACCAGUGAAUUCCAGCUCUUGGUGACUGGAAAAGAGAAAUGGAUCGAAGCUCGCAAGAGGAACCAAAUCCCAGUGCUUAAAAGCUGUGACUGCGGCUCUUGAAUCUUUGCCGAGAGGGAAUGUACAUAAUGGCUUGACUUGAUUUUGUUGUUUGUGCAAAUAAUGGUGCUGUCGUUCAAGUGGCCGUGGAAUGUUUGAGCAAACCCUCCUCUGUGGUUGCUCUCUGAUAGCCUGCUGUGUGUCCAUUUGUUUGAAUAGAAGGUCUUACAUUUCCAAGGGUGUGUUGUUGAGUGUGUCUUGUGGGUUUGGGGUGGUUGUGUGUGUGAGUUUUUUUAAUUUGGAAAUGACUAGUAUUGGAAGGGAGUAAAAUGCCCAAAGCAAUAUCUGGCUGGACAGAGGGCUGGUUGGUGAAAUAUCCUUGGCAGUUACAACAGGAAUUUAUAAUGGCCUCUAUACUCUUCUUGAGUUUUCAUCUCACAGAAACCAACACCAUCACUCUGAAAAAGCUGCCUUUUGAAAAAGCUGUUUGGAACCACGUUCCCCUACACUGUGUGUUUCUUCUCACUUCACCUCCAGCACAAGGGGAAAAGGGUAAACGGAUUAUUUGCAGAUUGGAUUUGGAUUAAAAAUAACACUAAAAAUGGGAAGGGGGGAAAGAAGAUGGGAAGGAAACCAAUGUUUAGUAAAAUGCAUUUCUCUCAUGGAUAUGUUGGCAGCAGCCUAUAUAUAUAUAUAAAACAUAUCUGUCACCAUAUGAGAAAUGUCAUGUAGCCUUAUUGUAAAUUAAAAUAAAUUCUAUAUUUCUAA